UAACAGAAGACGAAGAAGCCGGAAAGGGAAGGGGAGGAGAUUAAUUCUGAAGCAGCGACGCCCUCAGCUGAUUCUCCUCAAUAAACUUGUUUUCAUCGGUUUGACCAGAGUUCUCUUUAAACGUCCGGAUCAGAAGCAUCAUCAGAGUCCACUUUGAGCCACUGACCAGGAGGAGGGGGAGGAGGAGCUCUGUGGAAACUGAUCCACCUCGGCUGCUCUGGAUAUGAACUCUACCCUGCUGCUGUUAACUGAGCUGUAGGUUAACAUGGGGAACAGCGCCCUGAAGUCCCACCUGGAAACCUCCCAGAAAACAGGAGUGUUUCAGCUGACGGCGAAAGGCCUGCAGGAGUUUCCAGAGGAGCUCCAGAGGCUCACCGCUAACCUGAGGACGGUGGAUCUGUCAGGGAAUAAGAUUGAGCUUCUCCCAGCCUCAGUGGGAAACUUCCUGCAACUUAAAAGCCUGACGCUGAAUUCCAACAAGUUAACUGGCCUUCCCGUGGAGAUCGGCAAGCUGAAGAAGCUUGAAACCCUGAGUUUGAAUGGGAAUCGGAUCCAACAGCUGCCUCCUACUGUGGGCCAGCUCAAGGCCCUGAGGACCCUUAACCUGGCCGGGAACCAGAUCACAGAGUUCCCCUUAGGACUAGGAACCCUGAGGCAGCUCAACUUGCUGGAUUUGUCUCGAAACAGUAUUCAGAGUGUCCCGGCAGAGGUGUCGGACCUGCAGGCCAUUGAAAUCAACCUCAACCAAAACCAGAUCUCGGUGCUGUCAGCAGAAGUGUCCCGCUGUCCCCGUCUGAAAGUUCUCCGCCUGGAGGAGAACUGUCUGGAACUCUCCUCCAUUCCUCAGUCAAUCCUGUCUGAGUCCCAGGUGUCCCUAUUUUCCGUGGAGGGAAACCUGUUCGAAGUGAAGAAUCUCCGAGAGCUGGAGGGAUAUGAGCAGUACAUGGAGCGUUUCACUGCCACCAAGAAGAAGUUUGCCUGAUUUACCCCGAGGAUGAGUCUAGGUUUCUAAACUCCAACCUGGAUCGGACUUGGCCUCAGUCUCUAACCCAACACCCCCUGCACCGGCCAGAGGUACUUACUGUUCUGCAGUGAGGUGUUUCCCACAGCAUUUCACAAAAAACCGGACCUGCCGAGAGAAGAAGACAGACAAUGACAGCAAAGAAGGAACAAUAUGACCCUGGAGAUUCAGUGUGGCAUUUUAACAGGAAGCGUUCAAUAAAUGAUGGCCAGUGACAUUUGUCUCCUCCAGCAGCUUUCAUCCAGAGGAAACAGCAGAAUAACCUGCUUCCAGGGAUAUUUAAGGGGUUUCAUGCACUGUCACAAACCAUAUAGGAAAUACUCCGAAGGAAGUUUAUCUUGAGCAAAGCAGCAGUUGUGGUGCUGGUCCAGCUGCAGACCUCAGCAGACACAGAGGGUGCUUCCUAUGUGUGUUGCUUCUUAUUGUCCAGCAGACAUAAAUAAAAUGUAAUGUGCAGAGCCUUGGAUGAAGCUGCAGUCAAGACAGCUUUGAUUCCUUAAAUCUGGCUUCCUCUGAAUGUCAUCAUCUCAGUUUGAUAACCCAGUCAUACAAAAACACUUUACCACAUUAUAAAAAUGAUUUAAAUCUGGCUGUAAUUGAACCAAAGCCCACACCACAGCCUUUCCCAGGCUGUUAUUCAUUAAACAAAGAUGAAGCCAAACCAGAAAAGCAACAAGAGAAAGGCUAAAUGGAGCACAAAAGCCCCAGAUACAUAUAAAAACAUACAGUGCCUUGCAAAAGUAUUCAUAUCCCUUGAACUAUUUCACAUUACAACCACAACCUUCAAUGUAUUUUUAAGAGAUGUGAUUGACCAAUAAUUUAUAAUCCGUUUAUAAACUGAAGGAAAAUAAUACAUACCUCAGCCCACCUCUUUGCUGCAGUUUUAGCUGCAGGUAUUUGGAGUGUCUCUGAGGUUUCUACCAGUUGCCUCCAUCUAAAGAAUGUUUUCCCCAUUCUUUGCUAAAUAGUUCAGUUUCAGUCAGAUUGGAUAGGGAGCAUCUGGGAAUGUCAAUGUCCAAGUCUUUCACAGAUUUUCAGUUUGAUUUUAAACUUUAACCAUCUGAUUCAAACCCAUUAAAAUGCUAUAAUCUAAACCAUCUAUUGUAGCUCUGGCUGUAUGUUUAGGGUGGUUGUCCUGUGGGAAGGUGAACCUCCACCACAGUCUCCAGUCUACUGCAGCCUCUAGCAGGUUUUUAGCUCCAUCCAUCUUUUCAUCAACUUCCCUGUCCCUACUGACAAAAAGCAUCCCCACAGCAUCAUGCUGCCACCACCAUAUUUCAUAGUUGGGUUGGUGUAUUCAGAGUGAUGUGCAGUUUGAAUUUUUUUCCACAUGCAGGACAUCAUAUGGCUUUCUUUCAGCAAUGUUUUCCUUCAUGCCACUCUUCUAUAAAACCCGGAUUUGUUAGGUGCUCAACUAAUUGUUUUCCUUUCAACAUAUUGCUCCCUCUUAGCUGUGAAUCUCUGCAGCUCCUCCAGAGUUACCACGAGACUAUUGGCUGCUUCUCUUAUUAAUGUUCUCCUUGCCCAGCCUGUCAGUUUAGGUGGACGUCCAUCUCUUGGUAGGUGUGCAGAUGGUCCAUCCUCUCUCUAUGUUCAGAUGAUUGAUUGAACAGAGCUCUGGGAGAUGUUCAAAGCUUGGGAUAUUGUUCUAGAACUUAACGUGAUGCUGUUUGUUCCCUCUGAGGCCAGAAACAGAACAGCUGAUACAGACUCAGAUUAAUUAACCCACAGCUAGACUCUGUUCAAUAAUUAGGUGCCUUCUGAAGGCAACUGGUCGUACUAAGGCUUAUUUAGGGGCAUCUAAGUAAAUGGGGCUGAAUAGUUUUUGAUGUCUUUUUAGAUUUGCAGUUGCAAAAGAUUUUGUAAAUCAUGCUUUAUUUUCCUUCAACAUCAGAAUUCUGCACUGCUUUGUUCAUCACAUAAAAUCCCAAUAAGAUGCAUGAUCUGUAAGUCUGAAUCUAUAAGUCUGUGAUUGGAAUGGGACUGAAUGUGAAAAGGUUGCAUGUAUAAAGGUGUGUGAAUACUUCCUUUUCACCAUGACUCUAUGUUACUAAGACACUAAAAACUGUUUUCACUUUUCUCUUCAGAGUUUUGAGUUUAAAAUAACCAUUAAGCACAGAGCAAGUUUCCGUUAAAGCCAGUUAUCUGUCAGUGUUUGGUCUGGAAUUCUCUCCGUUGUGUCCACUCUGCUGCCAAUGAAAUGACCACAUGACGGAACAGAUCUCUAUCAUGUUGAUGGAAAUCUGUCUGAAGUUUAUUUUCCUGUAUUUAUUUAAAGCCGAUGCUUAACAGGUCCGUCCCCAGUCUCCUCCCUCCUGGUGGUAAAUGGAUGCUUUAGUUUUGUUUUAAAACCUCACUGAUAUUUAGCUUGUUAAUAGUUUUUACAAAUUCAGUCAGUUUUUUUCCUGCCUGAAAUAAAAAAAAAACAUCUAGUUAAACAUGUUGAACACA